UGUAUCAACCUGUGUGAUUCAUCAGAAAAAUAAAACCUCUUCAACUUUAUUCGAAUCAACCAACCGCACAGAAGUCAUCGUACCAUUUCAUUGUCAAACAUAUUUGAUUAACUUUGAAUCUUUGAUUCAAAAAAAAAAUAAAUAAAAAAUAAAUAAAUCAAAGUGAAAUCAACAACAACAUAAUUUCAUCUCGGUGCUUGUGAAAAAUUCAGAAGAAUCAACAGAAAUGUCAACAUUUAAUAAUCUAUUUCCGAAUAAUUCGGAUAACAAUUGGAAUAAUAAUUGGAAUAAUUUGUUUAAUCGUACGGCGACAACAAUCGGACAUGGAAUAAAAUUCGGCGGUAAUGAAAGUGAUUCAUUACCAUUUGAUCAAACUCCGACCGAAAUUCGACAAUAUUUGCUCAUAUUUCGUCUUGUAUUACUUGGUAUCGGUACAUUUGAUACAAUAUUAUUAUUGGCUAUUUAUAUUAAAUGUACCGGUAUUAUAAAUAAUUGUUUGGGCGUUUAUGUAGCCAAUAUUAGUAUUGCCGCCUUGAUCGAUAUGAUCGAUGCUGCUAUUUGGUCAAUCAAUGAAUUUGGUUAUAAAAUUGAAGAUUUUAAUCUACCAUGGUGGGUGGAAAAAAUGUCCAAACUACCACAAUUCGGCCUGCCAACAAUAUCAUUAUUCUUUUUGCUAUUAAUAAUUGAUCGAUUUUUUGCCACCUGUUUCUCAAACUGCCAUAAAGGAUGUUAUGGUUCGAAAAUAAAUGCUAUAUUUAUUAUAAUACUAAUAUGGUUAGGGUCAUUUUUUAUGACAUUCAUAUUGGUAUUCAAAGAUAUGCUAUUCGAACAUGAUAAACUUUAUGAAUUGCUACGUUUCUUAAUCUCAUAUGUUGGCCCAUUUGGAAUCAAAUUAUUAUUAAUAUUAAUUCUAUUCGCUAAACGUAAAGUUGUACCGGAUAGUGAACAAAGCCAGGCAUUCAUACAUCGACAACGUGAAUCAUUAUAUUAUGUAUUGACUAUUGUAACAUUACAUCUUUUAUUUAGUGCACCAUAUUAUGCAACACAAAUUAAUUAUUAUUUUCAUCUAGUACAAAUUCGUAUCGAUGAAUGGAUUAUCUGGCUUUUAUAUGCUCUAAGCGAAUUACCGCUUAUGCUCAAUCCAAUAUUUGUCCUAUCUAUUGAUCCAGAUUUUCGAGAUUCACUUAUUUUUGUCUGUACUUGUUCAUCACGUAAUCGUAGAGAUAUGAUUGAUCUUUGUGAUGAUCAUGCCGAAUCACAACCAUUAGCACCGAUGGCAACAUCACCUGUCACUGAAGAAAAAGAACAUCUUGAUGAAGCUGAAUCAUAAAAUCAUAUUAAUGAUAUAAAAAAUUUUAAUUUUUAAAAA